AUCCCUGGGUCACCUGUCACACUUCUUCCGGGUUUGAGCUCCUGUCACACAUGAGCGUCUUACGCUCGCUGAAAUAAUGUCAACAGAGGAAACGGACACAAAUGGGGACGGUGCCGGAGAAUUCGAAAGCUUCGUGGCUCUGCAUGCCGGAGCCCUGCAGUCCUCGGGAGUGCCUCAGGUCUACUGGAGGAGCCUUCAUCACAAAAUUGCCAACGAGAUUUUCGAUGCCGGAGAGGUUUUUGGAAUUAUGCAGAUCCAAGGCGAAGUUCACGCGGAGAAGAACCGUGGGAUAGAGGUUCAGUGUAAAGUGGUUGUGACGAGGGAUAGUGGACUGCAAACCUCGGACCCGGCCAGUAUUUUUCUGGUGGACCAUGCCUGGACGUAUCGUGUGGAGCAUGCCCGUCAGCAGUUGGAGGAGAUCCCAGGCCUGUUGCCCAGAAUGGCUGCUCUCAUGGGGUUGAACUUCCAUGGUGAGGCCCCUGACCCUCACAUAGUGGAGCUUGUGCUAAAGCACAUGUGGAAGUACAACCAAACCUAUCAUCUCUCCCAGGGGUCAGCAGAAGACAAGGUCCCUGUGUGGUACAUUAUGGAUGAGUUUGGCUCCCAGGUGCAGCACUCCGAUGAGCCCAGCUGUCGCAUGGCUCCAAUGUUCUACAUAGAGGGCCAGCUGGCGUACACUGUACUGUGGCCUCUGCAGGACCUGCAGAAAGGAGACGAAAUAACUCGUGAUUAUGCAUAUGGAGAGUCUAAUACCCUGGUGAGGCAAUGUCGAUUGUUGCCAUGGAUACCUGUUGAUCUAGAAGGGGUCAGUAGCACCAUCACCGAGCCCCCAGAUUCAUACUAUGAGACCAUUGCCCAGGAGAACAAGGAGCAGCUUCCUGUGGAAAUCCAGCCCCACACUGUGCCUCAAGACAAAGCUCUGAAGGUUUAUUCCAACAUGUCACAAGUAAGAAGCAAUCUGACGCACCCACGGUUCCAGCUGACUGAGGAACAGGAGGAAGCUGAUAUCAUUUGGGUCUAUGAUCACAUUAAAGACUACAGGAAACUAAGCAAGGAGCGACCUCACGUGAUGCUUAACCAGUUUCCCUGCGAGAGUCUCAUCACUGUGAAAGACUGCCUGGCUGCCGUGGCCCGGAGGGUGAAGGGUGGCCCGCCACCCCAUUGGCUGCCAGAGACCUUCAACCUCCAGACAGAGCUGCCACAGUUUAUCAGGCAUUAUCAACAGCGGCAACAACGGGGGGAGAAAAACUACUGGAUCUGCAAGCCCUGGAACUUGGCUCGUGGACUGGACACGCACAUUACCAACAACCUGGAUUAUAUUAUCAGGCAAAGAGAGAGCACGCCGAAGGUAGUGUGUAAGUACAUUGAAGAACCCGUGCUCUUCAACAGGAUUGAGGUGGGACUGGUGAAGUUUGACAUUCGCUACAUGCUAAUGCUGCAUUCUCUGCAGCCUCUGCGCCUUUAUGCCUACAAUGUCUUCUGGCUACGCUUCGCUAACAGGUCAUUUUCUUUGGAUCAUUUUGACGAUUAUCAAAAACACUUCACCGUUAUGAAUUAUGCAGAGGGUGUGGAACUUAAGCAGGUCCAUUUUGAUGAUUUCAUCCCCAUGUUUGAGAUGCAGUAUCCCCAGUAUCCAUGGAAGGAGGUUGAAACAGAGCUGUUUAAAGCCUUCAAGGAGCUUUUCCAGGCAGCCUCCUCGCGACCUCCCCCUUAUGGCAUUUGCCCCUACCCCUCAUCCAGGGCUAUAUAUGCUGCAGAUGUAAUGCUGAAGUGGCGCACGAGGAAAAAUGGUGAGCGGGUAAUGCAGCCUCAGAUCUUGGAGUUGAACUUCAGCCCAGACUGCGCCCGGGCCUGCCUGUACCACCCAGCCUUCUAUGAUCAUAUGUUCCAGACCCUGUUCCUGGAUCAGCCCGAACAGUGCCCGGUCACGCAGAUUGCAUAAUGGACUUGAGACAUCCCCAUACCCUGUGGUGGUAGUUCUUUGUUUGUUUGUUUACAGUAUGUGCACUACUGUACACACACUGUCUGUCAUAGUUCUCCUUGGCAAAAUGUUUUAUUUUCUUUGUUGCUAGAACUCAGUGUUUUCUAAAUAAUUAAGAAAAUGUUUCUAGAGAGGAAAGGAAUCAUGUUAUUCUUCAAGAAAAUGUGAGUGUUUGCUCCCUGCUAUAAAAUGUUUAGCCCGUACAUACAAUUCAAUUUAAUUUCAUUUAUAUCGCACCAAUCUCGAGUAAAACCCAACAAAUCCCAUCCAUCGCAGUGCUGACUCCAAAUCUUAUUUUUCCUUAUGGUGAAAACUGUAAAUUCAGCAAACAAUAUUUUAUUAAUUUAACUAAAUUUGCUUUAUUCUAGAUAGAUAUAAAAUUACUAUGGCAUGUAAUGGAAAAUAACUCCUGACCAUGAAAAUGAGAACUUAUAAUGACAGUGAGCCAGUGAUAAUUUGUUUAUCACUUAUAUUUGUUUAUGGUCAGUUUACUGGGUAUAACUGUAAAGUCCAGUUCAU